UUUUAAAGAAAAACUCUCCAAGGAAAAGAAAAAUGUCGGGAAAAGAGUUUAGCCAUAAAAGGAAUGCAACCUUUCCUUUCUUGAACACAAAAACCAAACUCUUUCUCUUCCUUUUUACUCUUUCUGUUUAGCGUUUAGGUAGAGGUUUUAUUCAUUUCUUUCUCUAAUUGGUAGCUUUCGCUUUCUCUGAUCGGACUAAUUCAAGACAAAGCUGCUGAAACUGAAAAGAAAGAAAUAAAAAGAUCAAGAAAAUGGCUAGAGAGAAGAUCAAGAUCAAGAAGAUUGAUAACAUUACAGCAAGGCAAGUGACCUUUUCGAAAAGAAGACGAGGGCUUUUCAAAAAAGCUGAGGAGCUUUCUGUUCUUUGCGAUGCUGAGGUUGCUCUUAUCAGUUUUUCUGCUACUGGGAAGCUAUUUGAGUAUGCUAGCACCAGUAUGAAGGACAUAAUUGCAAGGUAUGAUCGGUACUCAAAUAACAUCAAGAAAGGUGACCAACCAUCUCUUGAAUUGCAACUUGAAAAUAACAAUCACAUUCGGUUGAGCAAGGAGUUGGCUGAAAAGACUCAUCAACUGAGUUUGCAUAACAGGCAGAUGAGCGGAGAGGAUCUGCAAGGGUUAAAUAUAGAGGAAUUGCAGCAAUUGGAAAAAAUGCUUGAAUCAGGACUUAGCCGUGUGCUUGAAACUAAGGGAGAGCGGAUUAUGAAUGAGAUCUCUGCAUUUGAAAAGAAGCGAGAGCAAUUGUUAGAAGAGAACAAACAGCUCAAACAGAAGAUGAUGAGUCUAUGCAAGGGAAAAAGACUUGUGGAGUCUAAUAUCCAUCCUCAAGAAGAAGGUUUAUCAUCAGAAUCUGUUACUAAUAUCUGCAGUUGUAGUAGUGGCCCUCCUCCGGAAGAUGAUAGCUCUGAUACUUCCCUCAAACUAGGAUUGCCGUUUUGAAGAUAUAAUGAGGCAUAUGGGAAGAUAAAGUAGAUUCUGUUAAUAUAAGGAAUAAAGGCAGGUCCUUGUAUUGAUUAUUUGAAGAUAGGCUUAUUAUAUAU